GGCUUCAUCAAAAACGCUGAUGAAGCUUGUGUGUAUAAGAAGGCCAGUGGGAGCAUCAUUACCUUUCUAGUAUUAUAUGUCGAUGACAUUCUUCUAUUUGGAAAUGAUAUUCCAACCUUGGAAGGUGUAAAAGCCUGGCUUGGAAGUUGCUUUUCCAUUAAGGAUCUUGGUGAAGCCGCCUAUAUUUUGGGAAUAAGGAUCUAUAGGGAUAGAUCAAGGCGCUUAAUAGGUUUGAAUCAAAGUGCAUACAUAGAUAAAAUCUUGAAAAGGUUCAAGAUGGAAAACUCUAAGAAAGGUUUAGUACCUAUUCAAAGAGGAACUAUAUUGAGCACUUCUCAAUCUCCUAGCUCAAAAGUUGAGCAAGAGAAAAUGAAUGGAAUCCCAUAUGCAUCUGCUAUAGGAUCCAUCAUGUAUGCUAUGAUAUGCACGAGACCGGACGUGUCAUGCGCUUUGAGCAUGACAAGUAGAUACCAGCAAAAUCCAGGAGAUAGUCAUUGGAUGGCUGUCAAGAAUAUAUUGAAAUAUCUUAGAAAUACUAAAGAUAUGUUCUUAAUAUAUGGAUCUGGUGAGGAGGAGCUCGUUGUAAAGGGUUACACGGAUGCGAGUUUCCAAACUGAUCGAGAUGAUUCUCGAUCACAAUCGGGGUACAUAUUCAUUCUAAAUGGAGGAGCUGUUUCUUGGAAAAGCUCGAAGCAAGAUGUGGUUGCAUUGUCCACUACAGAGUCAAAAUACAUCGCCGCCUCUUUGGCAGCACAAGAGGCUGCAUGGUUGAAGAAAUUCAUUGCCGAUCUAGGGGUUGUUCCUUCCAUUCAAGAACCCCUAGAAAUCCUUUGUGAUAACGAGGGCGCAAUUGCUCAAAUCAAAGAACCUCGUGCGCAUCAAAAGACUAGACACAUUGAGCGGAGAUUCAACUACAUAAGGGAUGAAGUUGAAAAGGGAAAGAUAUGUAUUCGCAAAGUUCACACCGAUCAAAAUAUUGCGGACCCACUCACGAAGCUCCUUGAAAGGCCUAAGCAUGAAAGUCAUACUUGUGCCAUGGGACUUCGAUAUUCUAGUGAUUGGAUUUGA